CCACCACUUCUUCACCGUCUCAACUCUCCUCCUCCUCCUCCUCCUCCUUCCUCCUGACUACGCUCCUCCUUUUCCUCUCCUCCUGCUCAAUUGAUAUUCUUUGUAUCAAUUGAUCCAAACCCCCUCUGAGACAGCUCUCUCGAUCCCAAGCGAUACCCUUCUACCUCCUAUUCUCUGUCCCCCGCCGACCGACUUCCUCCUCUAUAACAUACAAUGGCCGCCAAGGCACUCCCUACCCACCUUCGCGCUCCUGCGAACGACGCCGCUUCUGACUUCGGUGGUAAGCACCAUGGAAAGUCCCAGUCGCACAUGGCCUUCGAAAAUGCCUCCACCAGUGUCGCUGCCUCACAGAUGCGCAAUGCGCUGAACGCGCUCGCCGACUCUGUUACUGAGCCUAGUGAGAAGAAGCGUUUCGAGGCCGAGAUGGACAACUUCUUCGCUCUCUUCCGUCGUUUCCUCAACGACAAGGCCAAGCACAACGUUGUCAACUGGGAUCGCAUUGCCCCUCCCCAGCCCUCGCAGGUCGUGGGCUACGACGAGCUCGGUGCCGAUGCCUCGGUCGAGUUCCUGAACAAGCUGGCCGUCGUCAAGCUGAACGGUGGUCUGGGUACCUCCAUGGGUUGCGUUGGUCCCAAGUCCGUCAUUGAGGUCCGUGAGGGCAUGUCCUUCCUGGAUCUGUCCGUUCGUCAGAUCGAGCACCUCAACCGUACCUUCAACGUCAAUGUCCCCUUCGUUCUCAUGAACUCCUUCAACACCGACCAGGACACUCAGUCCAUCAUCAAGAAGUACGAGGGCCACAAUGUCGAUAUCAUUACCUUCAACCAGUCCCGCUACCCCCGUAUCAUCAAGGACUCGCUUCUGCCUGCCCCCAAGAGCUUCGAUGCUCCCCUCCAGGACUGGUACCCUCCCGGUCACGGUGACGUCUUCGAGUCUCUGUACAACUCCGGCACCCUCGACAAGCUGAUCGAGCGUGGCAUCGAGUACAUCUUCCUGUCCAACGCCGACAACUUGGGUGCCGUUGUCGAUCUCCGCAUCCUGCAGCACAUGGUUGACUCCAACGCUGAGUACAUCAUGGAGUUGACUGACAAGACCAAGGCUGACGUCAAGGGUGGUACCAUCAUCGACUACGACGGCAAGGUCCGUCUGCUCGAGAUUGCUCAGGUCCCCAAGGAGCACGUCAACGAGUUCAAGUCCAUCAAGAAGUUCAAGUACUUCAACACCAACAACAUUUGGAUGAACGUUCGCGCUGUCAAGCGUGUCGUCGAGGAGAACGAGCUCGAGAUGGAGAUUAUUGCCAACGAGAAGUCCAUCCCCGCUGACAAGAAGGGUGAGGCCGACCAGGCUAUCUACCAGCUGGAGACCGCCGUCGGUGCCGCUAUCCGUCACUUCAAGAACGCCCACGGUGUCAACGUGCCCCGUCGCCGCUUCCUGCCCGUCAAGACCUGCUCCGAUCUCAUGGUCGUCAAGUCUGAUCUGUACCGUCUGGAGCACGGCCAGCUGGUCAUGGACCCCAACCGCUUCGGUGGUGUCCCCGUCAUCAAGCUCGGCUCGGACUUCAAGAAGGUCUCUGACUUCCAGAAGCGCAUUGCCUCGAUUCCCCGCAUUGUCGAGUUGGAUCACUUGACCAUUACCGGUGCCGUCAACUUGGGUCGCAACGUUACCCUGAAGGGCACAGUCAUCAUCGUCGCUACCGAGGGCAGCACUAUCGAUAUUCCCCCGGGCUCCGUUCUGGAGAACUGCGUCGUGCAGGGCAGUCUCCGCAUUCUGGAGCACUAAACGGUGUGCGAUUAAUACUCUAUUCUUAAUCGUCUCAGUUACAGUGUAUGUCUUUCUCCCGAUACAUCGACCAAUUCGACCACAUCUAUGGUGGAAGUGACGUUGUUGGUGGCGAUGCGUGCAACACUGGGAAAUCGCUUUUUCUUAAACUGUCUUCCUGCUUCCUAGGAGGUGCAUUCGUGGCUACGGAAUUCCUUGGAGUAUGCAAAAUGAUGUGUGCUUGUAUUACAUUACAAUAAUCCAGCGUCUUGUUCGUUUUCUUCUGUCCUUUUUAAUCGGCUGCAUCGGGUCGGGACUGCGGUCUUAUUUU